CCCCUCCCUUCCCUUCAUGUUAGUAGAAGAGGCAGGCGGUCUUACGGAUCGCUACAGACACAGACAGAGAGCGACGACAUGCUGUCAGCACACUUCAGUAAGAUGCAUUCAUUGCUGCUGCUGCUGCUGCUGCUGGGCUUUGUGGCGAUGACCGCCACUCAGCCCCAGUGUGACCCACUAACUGAAUAUGAGUUGAAUGGCCAAUGCUGCAAAAUGUGUGGUCCAGGGACCAGAAUGCCGUCAUCGUCCUCCCCCAGCUCUUGUCGGGAUCCUCAGUGCAUAGGAUGUGGGGAUAAUGAAUAUCAGGAGGAAUACACAAAGGAAACCAAGUGUCAACGUCAGCCAUACUGUGACCCAAAUAAAAACUUUCAGGUUGUUGUCCACAAGAGCAAGAAGAAACAAAGCCCCUGCAUGUGUAAAGAGGGAUUCCACUGCUCCAGUGAAGAUUGCAUAACCUGUGUGCCGCACACAACCUGUAAACCAGGACAUGGGGCUCAACACAUAGGCACCCAUAUGGAGGACACAGUGUGUCAGAAAUGUCCUGAUGGCACAUUUUCCAACGACAGCUCAUGGCGCAGUGUCUGUAUGAAAUGGACAGUAUGUGAGAAUGGAUACCAUAUUCAACGAAGCGGAACGGACAUAUCUGACAACAUCUGCGAGGCAAUCUCAAGGGGGCACAUAGUUCUGAUCGUUGUUCUGGCUCUGAUUGGGGUAUCAGUCGUACUUGUGAUUGUGUGGUGUCUAUACAAAGCUGAACAAGAAGAUGCACGAGGAAAGGUAAAGGUCUGUGUCGGAUCAUGUUUCGGAGAUGAAAGGCAGCCACUGCGAGAAACCAGAGUGCUGAUAACAUACCCGACUGAUGCUACUGAGGAGGAGUCCAUGAAGCUGCCUGAGCUGCAGUCCUCGCAAGAGGAGGGUGGUGCGGGGCCACCGGAGGAAAACGAGGACCAGCCGAGCCAGGAGAUUUCAGCAGGUCUACUUCUCACUGAGAAUGGAAAGUUGGUGACUGAGGAAUAUGGGAAAUCGUCAGUCCUCUCCCGACAGGAAUCCCAACCGCAUACAUUUCCAGACAGCUGCGGUCACUAAAUACUUCAAAUGUGAAUUGCGCACAACCUGGGUCACCACCAGCUGGGGCGGGAUGAAUGAUGCGAUUGGUUGGAAAUGACAGUGGGGCAGUUGUCACAGGUUGCCGCCGAUUUGGAAACAUAACAACAUACAUUUUGUCUCACCGUGCUUCACGCUGAGUUUUCACCAUAGGCUGUAUAAAAGAUGGAUUUUUACAGGCAGCUUCAACAACAGCAGAGUGGAGCGGUUCAAUUCAUUUCCGAACGGUCCGCUGACAGCUAGGGCCCGGAUGUUCAACUAGUCUGCCGUUUGCACAGCGGUAGUGGAGUUUUCUAGACAAAGCUGCCUUUUAAAAACCCAGCCUCAGAACGUAUAAAAAUAAGUUUUGUUCAAUUCUCUCAGCGCCGCCGCUCUUACUCCCUCUCUUUUGAACAAGACGCCCGUCUGCAGACUGCAGUCCAGUGCAACUGGAUUACAGUAAAGUGGUGUACUUUUCUGAACUUACCAGACUGUUCUAGCUGUUCUAUUAUUUGCC